AUGUUCGCGCUCUCCGUCGCCGCCGUGCGCGUCGACGCGCUCAAGGUUUCUGCCCCGACGACGCGCACGCAAAAGCGUGCCUCCGUGGUCGUUCGCGCCGAGGCCGAUGCCGCCGCCGAUGAGUACUCCGCGCUCAAGCCGACGAGCGUGAAGGACUUCAAGGACAUGUCCAACGAGGCGAUUAUCGAGGAGGUGGUCAAGUGCAAGAAGAUGUUGUUCCAAUUGCGCAUGCGUCAAAGCACUCGCAAGGAGUACAAGCCGCACCAUUUUGGCAUCUUGAAGACGAAGGUUGCGCAGUUGUACACUGUCAAGCGCGAGCGCGAAAUUGCGGAAGGGGUCAACAUGCGGGACUCUCGCGAGUUGAAGCGCAAGGACCGCGUGGCGAACAUUUACCUGUGA